AUGUAGACUGACGUACACGGAAGUAGCUGUGUGGCUAGUACAGAUGCUAGUCAUAUGAGGAUUCAUUUAAUAGAAUAGAAUAAUAAGAUUUAAUAGUUACGAUGGUACGACAGCAGCAGCUCAAUUCAUUAUCCGUGAAAACAUUAUUGUGACCAGCAACAAGAAAAUAACAUCAGGAUCUAAAUACAAUCUUUCUUUGAAGAACUCAUUUACUCCUCCACACACUCCAAUGUCAUCUGGUUGCCCGCCCCAGUCUCCUGCUGUGGCAAAGACUGAGGUCUCCGUAGAUGGGGAAUGCCCUCUGCUUGCUGCCACUUUCGCCUACUGGGACAACAUCCUGGGGCCCCGCGUACGCCACAUAUGGGCACCCAAGGGCAACCAAGUCAUGUACCUUAGCGAUGGAGAGGUGACUUUUCUAGCUAAUCACACUCUGAAUGGGGAGAUCCUGCGCAGUGCUGAAUGCGGAGCUGUGGAUGUGAAGUUCUUUGUCCUGGCGGAGAAGGGCGUCAUCAUAGUGUCACUAAUCUUUGAUGGUGAACUAAAAGGAGACAAGAACACAUGUGCCUUGUCCAUCAUCCUGCCUCAGACUGAGCUGGCCUUCUACCUGCCGCUGCAUGCCAUCUGUGUGGAGAGGCUCAAACACGUGAUACGCCGGGGUCGCAUUUGGAUGCAAAAGGGUUACAACAUCAUAUCAGUGCUAGGCUUGGAAAUCAUCCCAAUCAUGGAGCUUCUGGCAUCCAUGAAGACACACAGUGUCCCAGAUGACAUCGAUAUUAAAGACACAGUUCUUAAUGACGACGACAUUGGGGACAGCUGCCAUGAGGAUUUCCUGCACAAGGCCAUCAGCUCUCAUCUCCAGACAUGUGGCUGCUCAAUAGUAGUUGGGAGUAAUCCAGACAAAGUAAAUAAGAUUGUCAGAACGCUGUGCCUCUUCCUGACCCCCUCUGAGAGGAAAUGUUCGCGCCUCUGCAAGGCUGACUCCUCGUUCAAAUAUGACACUGGCCUGUUUGUUCAAGGUCUGCUGAAGGACUCCACAGGCAGCUUUGUUUUGCCUUUCCGCCAGGUGCUGUACUCUCCAUAUCCCACUACACACAUUGACGUUGACAUCAACACGGUAAAGCAGAUGCCACCGUGCCAUGAACACACAUAUAACCAGCGGCGCUACAUGCGCUCAGAGCUCAGUGCCCUGUGGAGGACCGACUGUGAGGACGAUAUACCCCCUGAUACUGUGAUCCACACUGAUGAGACCUUCACACCUGACCUAAAUAUAUUUCAAGAUGUCAUGCACAAAGACACUUUGGUGAAGUCAUUCAUUGAUGAGGUGUUCAUGCUGAAGCCAGGCCUGUCCCUGCGGAGCACCUAUCUGGCCCAGUUCCUGCUGCUGCUCCACAGGAAAGCCCUCACGCUGCUCAAGUACAUCGAGGACGAAACGCAAAAAGGGAAGAAGCCAUUCCGGUCUUUGCGUAAUCUCAAAACUGACUUGGACCUAACUGUUGAAGGCGACUUGAACAUUGUUAUGGCUUUGGCUGAGAAGUUAAGAGCAGGACUCCACUCGUUUGUUUUUGGGAAGCCAUUUUACACAAGCAUGCAAGAAAGAGAUGCACUAACGAGCUUUUGACACACGUUGGAUGGUACAUGUUUUUGCUUGUUCUUAUUUUGUUUUAAAGCAUGCACAUUGCUCCGUUGUCGAAGCAAAUACAUAUUAUGAUUGGCCUUUUAUGUCUUCAAGCAUGCAUGAUUAUAAUGUUACUGCUAAUACGAGCCAAAUGAUUUUAUGUUGCCAUGUCCUGCUGUUAUAGAAUUUUUUUGUUUUAGAAAAAUAAUAACUUAUUUUGAGCUCAAGUUUAAAUUAUUUUUGUGCCUAUGAAUGUGUUAUUUAUGUUGAAAGCAUGUGUUAUUAUACAGUGCAUUAUAAAGUUUGCCAAAUAAACGUUUUUAGCUGCCUUUACAACACAAACAUUUCAUCUGGCCUUAACAUUAUUUACAUAUAGCACCACUUAACCUUACAACACAUGAAAACAAAAAGAAAGUUGUUUCUAUCCUACUCAUCACCGUCAUGGUUGAAUAGUGUUUUUGUCUGUAGUUGACAGCGAUUGUCAUCAUUAUGUAUUUGCCCAGCUGUGUGUAAAAUUGAUUUGCUCUGAUUCUGGCCCCUCCUCAGAGCUACAGCUCUGCUAUUUGCAGUUCAGCUUAACCAGCCACACAGCAAACAUUCUACUGCGUUGUAUUUCCAGCAUGUUCAAUUGUGGUGGGAGUAUUGAUUAUGAAGAAUGAAAAUGGUGUUGUCAUUCCAAUGUGCCAAAAUCAAUUUUCACUGUCUUCACAAUAAAAGGUUUCAUGUUUUAAA